AUGAAAAGAAAUAAGCCGAAUUCGUCACCCAAACCCAAGAGACGAAACUCACCAGCGCCGAGACCUCAGUCUCCACCGCCACCGCCGGGAGAGCGGAAACAGCGUGGGGUGUUUGUCGAAUCGGCCGCUAUGGCCGGGGGUAUUAGUACCGGUGCUGUGGUCGGACGGACUCUCGGCGAAGGAGCAGUGAACAUUUUAACCGGACAUAAUAAUACGAGUGCGGAUCAAUCGAAAAAAACUGAAAAAAAUGUCGAUCCGUGUGCUCGUACAAUCCAUGAAUUUUUGAACUGUACUCUGAACAGCGUUGAUAUCGAGUCGUGCACCGAACUGAACGAGGCGGUUCGCCAGUGCAAACGAACCUACGACGUGCAGAUAUAA